AUGAAGACCACCCACCUAACAGCCUUCCUCUCCACCUUCCUCCUCGUCUCCGCCAAAAACCACUGCAACAAAUCCACCUACACAAACGAGGUGUCCGGCGGCUCCCCCAAAACAUCCGACUGCAAGACCCUAGCAGACAACAUCUCCGGUGGCGGAGACUGGACCAGCUCGGGGGCCUCGCAGCGCGAACUAGCCAAGCACGGAAGCUGCCGGUUUGGCACGGAAGAGGCGGCCGGCGAGGGUUCCCUGAACUACUAUGUGGGUAACGAGGAUAUCAUCGAUGUGAUUAAUGAGAUGAUCAAGCGGUUUGAUCCUGAGGGGAACGGCAGACUGGGGGGGUCGGGUGAGUUCCAUUGCGAUGUGCCUGCGGCGAAUGGCGGUAGGGCUGGGAAGAUUAAGUGGGGGAUUUAUUAG